AUGACAACAUUUGCAAAAGCAGGAUUCCGCUCUCUUAACUACGACUCGUUUCGCCCACACUACCCUUCGUCGUUUUAUGACAUUCUUGCCAAGUAUGUCGGCAGUAAGGACAUUGAUAAGACUAUCGACUUGGGGUGUGGUACAGCCGUUGCAACCUACCCUUUGCUUAACAUCUCCAAGUAUGUUUAUGGUACUGACUUAUCACCUACCAUGAUUAAAACAGCCAAUGACAAGAAGGAAGAGCGCCUCAAGCAGAUGGGGAUCACCGACUCAUCCAGGAUCGAGUUUGGAGUCAGUGCAGUGGAGGACUUGAAGGUGGAAGAAGCACUGUACGACUUGAUCACGGCUGCUCAAUGCAUUCACUGGUUUAAGGAUUUCGAUAGUUUCUUUAAGUCGGCCGCCAAAUACUUGAAACCAAAGGGAGUGUUGGCUUACUGGUACUACAUUGACCCAGUGUUCAUUGGCUUCCAAGGCCCAAGCGAUGAAUCCAAGAGUAAAGAGGAGAUCUUUGAAACUGCCAACAAAAUCUAUAAGAAGUACGCUUACGAAGACCCCAAUUGGUUUGGCCAGUACUGGGAACAGCCAGGCAGAAACAUUCUUAGAGACACUUUGGUUGAAGUUGACCAAAGCAUUCCAAAGGACUUGUUUGAGGAUAUCAAGAUCAAGAAACGUAACUUUGGUAUCGGCAAUGACUUUGACGAAGAGGAUCUCCAAAUCAAGAAAGUUCAGGUUCCACUUAUUGCCUUUGUCAAGUACGUUAGUACCUUUGGCGCAGUUCACAACUACGCUGAAGCUCAUGGUGAAGGUAGCAUUGAAAAGUUUGAGGAGAGCAUCCUUCAAGAUUUCGAAAUGGAACUCGGCUGGGACAGAGAGAAGACCACCGUGGAUUAUGCAUGGAACACUGGGUACACUUUCAUGAGAAAGAAGUAA